AUGUAUCAAAAUGAAUGCUUUCUCAGAAGAGCUGCUUGUAAGCACCAGAAAGAGAUCACAGUAGUAGCAAGAGGACCAUGCUACUCUGAUAAUGGCUCUGGAUCUGGAGAAGGGGAAGAGGAAGGGUCUGGGGCCGAAGCUCACAGGAAACACACCAAGUGUGGACCUUGCAAAUAUAAGGCUGAGUGUGAUGAAGAUGCAGAAAACGUUGGGUGUGUAUGUAAUAUAGACUGCAGUGGAUACAGUUUUAACCCCGUGUGUGCUUCUGAUGGGAGUUCCUAUAACAAUCCUUGUUUUGUUCGAGAAGCAUCUUGUAUAAAGCAAGAGCAAAUUGACAUAAGGCAUCUUGGUCAUUGCACAGACAAAGAUGACACUAGUUUGUUGGGAAAGAAAGACGAUGGACUACCAUAUCGACCAGAUGUGAAAGAUGCUAGUGAUCAAAGAGAGGAUGUUUAUAUUGGAAACCACAUGCCUUGCCCUGAAAACCUCAAUGGUUACUGCAUCCAUGGAAAGUGUGAAUUCAUCUAUGCUACUCAGAAGGCUUCUUGUAGAUGCGAAUCUGGUUACACUGGACAGCACUGUGAAAAGACGGACUUUAGUAUGCUCUACGUAGUGCUAAGCAGGCAAAAGCUCACUCACGUUCUCAUCGCAGCCAUUAUCGGAGCUGUGCAGAUCGCCAUUAUAGUAGCUAUUGUCAUGUGCAUAACAAGAAAAUGCUCUAAAAACAAUAGAGGACGACAACAGAAGCAAAACCUAGGUCAUUUUACUUCAGAUACGUCAUCCAGGAUGGCUUAA